AAGCUUCCUGAAUGUCGGAAUGCGGUGUCCAAUGUAUUCUAUCAAUAAUCGUUGUUGGAUUUGUGUGGGGAGCUACUAAUCCAUUGCUCAGAGCAGCCUCAAAAGAUCUGGAGAACAAAAAGAAUGGAAUAAUCCUGGGAUUUUUGAAAUCUUUUCUCAACUGGAGAUUCUCAAUCCCUUUCGCUCUUAAUCAAUCUGGAUCGGUAAUGUUCAACGCUCUUGUUGUAAACUUUCCUGUUACUGUUGUUGUUCCGUGUGUGAAUGCGAUUCAGUUCAUCGCAACAAUUACAGUCGGGUGGUUGAUGGGAGAGAAAAUGCAGGUGUCCACAAGGAAGCAGAAAAUUGGAAUGACCAUUUCAUCGUUGGCAAUUAUUGGAAUGCUGAUUAUCGAUUAAAUUAAAUGUGAAAAAAAACGUUAUUUUCAUGUAAAACGCACUUUUUAGACGGAAAAAGUCAAAUUUUCAGCCAAAAUUUUGCUGAAAUUUCAAAGAACCAUAUAAAUCCGAUUUUUUGUAUUUGGUGAGGCUCACACUACCAACUACAAUCAAUUUUAGUCUCUAAAUACCAUUGCUCUGGUUGCGUGUCUGGAAAAUCUCAAAGUUUUCAUUUUCAGGAUCGAGGAGACGCCGGAGUUCCACCAAAACGAGCACGCCACGGAAAUUGAUGCACAGAAUCUCAAUUUGUUCCCUUUAUUCACCUAAUUUAUAGAUUUUUUUUCUUAAAAUUACAAUUUUUAUCGCUUUUUCUGAAUUUUAACCCCCCAAAACAUCAAAAACUCGUCGAUCUCUGUAAUGUCCUUCCCGAUUCCCAUGAUAUUUAAAUGUUUCCUCCUUUUUUGAUGUUUCUUCCCCGAUUUUUCCCGAAAAAAAUACAAUUGUAACUUGUCGACAAAUACGUGUGUUAUCGAUUAAAGUUUUAUUUAUCGAUUAAAUUCUCUCUGUGAAAUUCGUUUGAAUAAUAAUUUAUUUGCCUUUCUUUCUUGAGCAGUUUUUGCUUUUCGGGUUUCCUUUUUUCAGAAAAUAAAAAUAUUUUUUAUAAUA